AUGGCGACCUUUGUGAAAGACCUCUGGGAAUCCAUCUUCAUUCCGGGCCCGACGCCGACGCUCCUGGUCGCCACAAAUGUGACCUUCGCCGCGCUACAGCUCGUCUUCGCGAGCCUCCUGUUCGCGACCUGGAGCGUCCACUUUGUGGUUCUGUCUGGUCUCUCCGGCGGCCUGUGGUGGGCCAUCAACUGGUUCGCGCGCGAGCUGAGGGUCCACCAGCUACAGGAGGAGGAGAAGGAGCGGCGGGCGCGAGAGUCGGAACCGGCGGCGCCGAGCGGGGAGAGCGAGACCGAGGUCGAGACGGCGAGCGACGGCGCCAGAGGGAGGAAGCUGGGAGGCGGCGCGGCUAAGACGCCGUCGCCGUCAUCUUCAAGUCAGGAGGUUGGGGAGAAGGCCGGGGAGCUCAAGCAUCGCGCCGCGGGGCCGGCGGCAAAAUCAACGCCCUGGGGCUCGAAGAGCAGUGUGAGCACGGAAGACGAGUGGGAGAAGGUGUCGGAGAACGAGAACGACAAGGACAAGUGA